AUGGCGGCGGGGGGAGCCCGGGGGCUCCUCGGCUCCCUCUGGAUCGCCCUUCUCCUCGGGCAGCCAGACUCGUCCGCCGCCGCCGCUCGGAGCGGCUCUCAGAGCCUCCUCACAGGAUCCCUUGUGAGAACUUUCACUCCUUUUUACUUUCUGGUGGAGCCAAUAGACAUUCUGUCAGUUCGUGGAGCUUCUGUUAUAAUGAACUGUUCAGUUUAUUCUGAAACAUCUCCAAAAAUUGAAUGGAAAAAAGAUGGGACUCUUAUAAACUUAGUGUCAGAUGAUCGUCGCCAGUUGCUACCAGAUGGAUCUUUAUUAAUAAACAGUGUGGUGCAUUCCAAGCAUAACAAACCUGAUGAAGGAUAUUACCAGUGUGUGGCAACUGUGGAAAGCCUGGGAACCAUUGUCAGCAGAACAGCAAAGCUCAUGGUAGCAGGCCUUUCCAGGUUCACCAGUCAGCCAGAAUCAUCAUCUGUCUAUAAAGGAAACAGUGCAAUCCUAAACUGUGAGGUCAAUGUUGACCUUGCACCAUUUGUGAGGUGGGAGCAGGAUCGUCAGUCAGUCUUUCUGGAUGAUCGUGUGUUUAAAUUACCAAGUGGAGCUCUAAUUAUUAGCAAUGCUACUGAGAUGGAUGGAGGACUGUAUCGCUGCAUCAUUGAGAGUGGUGGAACCCCCAAAUACAGUGAUGAAGCAGAGCUCAAAAUUCUUCCAGAUCCUGAAGUACCCCAGAACUUGGUGUUUGCGUGGCCGCCCUCUUCACUUACUAAAGUGUCUGGGCAAAGUGCAGUGUUCCCAUGUGUCGCUGUAGGAUUUCCAUCUCCAUAUAUCAGGUGGAAAAGAAAUGAAGAAGAGAUUAUCACAGAAGGCUCUGACAGGUUUUUUCUGCUUGCGGGAGGCAGUCUGGAGAUCAGGGACGUGACAGAGGAGGAGGCUGGGACGUACACGUGCAUAGCAGAUAAUGGAAAUGAGACCAUUGAAGCUCAGGCAGAACUUACAGUUCAAGUUCCUCCCGAGUUUCUGAAGCGGCCUGCCAAUAUUUAUGCUCAUGAAUCUAUGGACAUUGUGUUUGAAUGUGAGGUGACUGGAAAACCUACUCCAACUGUGAAGUGGGUCAAGAAUGGAGACAUGGUGAUCCCAAGUGACUACUUCAAAAUUGUUAAAGAACAUAAUCUGCAAGUUCUGGGUCUGGUGAAAUCAGAUGAAGGAUUCUAUCAGUGCAUUGCAGAAAAUGAUGUUGGAAAUGCACAGUCUGGAGCCCAGCUGAUAAUACUCGACCUUGAUGUUGCCAUCCCAACAUUACCUCCCACUUCAAUGACCAGUGCCACUAAUGACCAUCUAGCACCAGCUACAACAGGACCACUGCCUUCAGCCCCGCGGGACGUCGUGGCCACCCUCGUCUCCACUCGCUUCAUCAGACUGACGUGGCGGACACCUGUAUCAGACCCUCAAGGAGACAACCUCACCUACUCAAUCUUCUACACUAAGGAAGGUAUAAACAGGGAACGAGUUGAAAAUACAAGUCGUGCUGGAGAGACACAAGUAACAAUCCAGAACCUGAUGCCAGAAACAGUUUAUGUCUUUCGAGUUGUGGCUCAGAACAAGCACGGCCCUGGAGAAAGCUCAGUACCACUGAAGGUGGCAACUCAGCCAGAAGUUCAGCUUCCUGGUCCAGCACCCAAUAUCCGAGCCUACGCCAGUUCACCCACCUCCAUUACUGUCACCUGGGAAACACCGUUGUCUGGCAAUGGAGAAAUCCAGAACUACAAGCUCUAUUACAUGGAGAAAGGGCAAGACAUGGAACAGGAUGUUGAUGUCGGGGGACUCUCCUAUACCAUUAGUGGAUUAAAGAAAUACACUGAGUAUAGUUUCCGGGUGGUGGCUUACAAUAAACAUGGUCCUGGAGUCUCAACCCAAGAUGUUGUUGUACGAACGUUGUCAGAUGUCCCCAGUGCUCCACCACAGAAUCUGACGCUGGAGGUGCGGAAUUCCAAGAGCAUCGUGCUCCACUGGCAGCCUCCUCCAGCAGGGACACACAAUGGACAAAUCACUGGAUACAAAAUUCGCUACCGUAAGGUGUCCCGCAAAAGUGAUGUGACAGAGAGCAUUGGUGGCACCCAGCUUUUUCAGCUAAUCGAAGGUCUGGAGCGGGGUACAGAGUACAGUUUCCGAGUAGCUGCCUUGACUGUUAAUGGCACUGGACCAGCCACCGACUGGAUAUCUGCAGACACUUUUGAGAGUGAUCUGGAUGAAACUCGUGUUCCUGAAGUUCCCAGUUCCUUACACGUCCGCCCACUUGUCACCAGUAUCGUAGUGAGCUGGACACCACCUGAAAACCAGAACAUUGUGGUGAGAGGCUAUGCUAUAGGGUAUGGUAUUGGCAGUCCUCAUGCACAGACCAUAAAGGUGGACUAUAAACAGAGGUACUACACCAUCGAAAACCUAGACCCAAGCUCCCACUAUGUCAUAACCCUGAAAGCAUUUAACAAUGUUGGUGAAGGAAUCCCUCUCUACGAGAGCGCUGUGACGAGGCCUCACUCAGACACUUCCGAGGUUGAUUUGUUUGUUAUUAAUGCUCCAUACACUCCAGUGCCAGAUCCGUCUCCCAUGAUGCCACCGGUGGGAGUUCAGGCUUCCAUCUUGAGUCACGACACCAUAAGGAUCACUUGGGCAGACAACUCUCUGCCAAAGAACCAGAAGAUCACAGACGCUCGCUACUACACGGUUCGCUGGAAAACCAAUAUUCCUGCAAAUACCAAGUACAAGACUGCAAACGCGACCACAUUGAGCUAUUUAGUGACUGGAUUAAAACCAAACACCUUGUAUGAGUUCUCCGUGAUGGUGACUAAAGGUCGAAGAUCAAGUACUUGGAGUAUGACAGCACAUGGAACAACUUUUGAAUUAGUUCCUACCUCUCCUCCGAAAGAUGUGACAGUGGUGAGCAAAGAGGGAAAACCUCGGACAAUAAUUGUUAACUGGCAGCCUCCAUCCGAAGCCAAUGGCAAAAUUACAGGAUACAUCAUCUACUACAGUACGGAUGUGAAUGCUGAAAUCCAUGAUUGGGUUAUUGAACCUGUUGUGGGAAACAGACUGACCCAUCAGAUACAAGAGCUGACCCUUGAUACACCAUAUUAUUUCAAAAUUCAGGCCCGCAACUCUAAGGGCAUGGGGCCUAUGUCUGAGGCAGUUCAGUUCAGAACCCCAAAAGCUGAAUCCUCAGAUAAAAUGCCUAAUGAUCAAGCUUCGGGAUCUGCAGGGAAAGGAGGCCGCCCGGUGGACAUAGGACCAGAUUACAAACCACCACUUGGUGGUAGUAACAGUCCACAUGGAAGUCCCACUUCUCCUUUGGACAGCAACAUGCUCCUUGUGAUCAUAGUGUCUGUGGGAGUGAUCACCAUUGUGAUAGUGGUGAUAGUUGCUGUCUUCUGCACUCGGCGUACAACUUCUCACCAAAAAAAGAAACGAGCUGCCUGCAAAUCAGUGAAUGGUUCCCAUAAGUACAAAGGAAACUCCAAAGAUGUCAAGCCUCCUGACCUCUGGAUACAUCAUGAAAGACUGGAGCUAAAGCCCAUUGAUAAAUCUCCUGAUCCCAAUCCAAUCAUGACAGAUACUCCAAUCCCUCGCAAUUCCCAAGACAUCACACCGGUUGAUAAUUCCAUGGACAGCAAUAUCCAUCAAAGGAGGAAUUCCUACAGAGGGCAUGAGUCAGAGGAUAGCAUGUCAACACUGGCAGGAAGAAGGGGGAUGAGGCCCAAGAUGAUGAUGAUGCCUUUUGAUUCUCAACCACCUCAGCUCUUUUAA